GGCCGGGGCGGGGCUUGGGGAGGCUCUGCCACCGCCUCUUCUUCUCCCCACCGCGCUGGCGGUGGAGGUGGCGGUGGAGGAGCCUUACACGUUCCGGUCCCACUCCCGCCCCAGCCGAAGCUACAGCCGGCGCCAGGCCGGGGCCAUGGGCGCCCCGCGCCGCCCGGGUCAUGAGGACGGAGGCGGAGGCAGCGGGGUCGCCGCUCGAGCCCGGGGACUUUGUGCAGCUGCCUGUGCCCAUCAUCCAGCAGCUCUACCACUGGGACUGUGGGCUGGCCUGCUCCAGGAUGGUGCUGCGGUACCUGGGCCAGCUGGAUGACGGGGAGUUCGAGAGCGCCCUGCAGGAGCUGCAGCUCACCAGGAGCAUCUGGACCAUCGACCUAGCCUACCUGAUGCGCCAUUUUGGCGUGAGGCACCGCUUCUGUACCCAGACCCUGGGCGUUGACAAGGGCUACAAAAACCAGUCUUUUUACAGGAAGCACUUUGACACAGAGGAAACCCGGGUGAACCAGCUGUUUGCACAAGCCAAGGCCUCCAAGGUGCUGGUAGAGAAAUGCACGGUGAGCGUGCAGGACAUCCAGGCGCACCUGGCGCAGGGCCACGUGGCCAUUGUAUUGGUGAACUCAGGGGUGCUGCACUGCGACCUCUGCUCCAGCCCCGCCAAGUACUGCUGCUUCGCCCCGCGCGGCCACCGCUGCUUCUGCCGCACCCCCGACUACCAGGGCCACUUCAUCGUGCUGCGUGGCUACAACCGGGUCACCGGCUCCAUCUUCUACAACAACCCAGCGUAUGCUGACCGGAUGUGCAGCACCAGCGUCAGUAACUUCGAGGAGGCCAGAACCAGCUACGGCACAGAUGAGGACAUCCUGUUUGUCUACUUAGACAGCUGACAGCGGAGCUCGGCGGGCCUCGGCCCUCACACCCCAGCCGGCCCCACCCGAGCUGGGCCCGCUCAGAAGGCCCUGGUCCAGGCCCUAGGGCUGCUGGGGCUCCGAUGCAGAGCUGCGGCCUCAGCCCGUGUGGCAGUACCCCUAGGGAACUCCGGGAGGCUGCAGCAUUCCUGCUUCAUCCACCAGUGGUGAGUGUCAUCCUGCCACUUACCCAGCUUACCUGCUGGUUGCUGGAGGCACCCCCAGAGCAUCCUAGCGGAGCUUCCCCCAAGACCCCGAGCCUGACUCCAACUGUGUCCAGGAGACGUCCAGUACCGCCAGUACCCUUGUUGCCUGCGAGCCAGACCCUGGGCCAGGGGAGAGGUCUGAGCCCAUCUCCCCACAGACCGAGGGACCAAGCCCUUGAGAGAGAUGCUUAUCAGGACAGCAUCUGUGUGUUUGCAGACUGUAGCUAACCCUGGCCGUGCUGGGAGCUGUCCUCGCCCUUCUCCCUGGAAGUGCUGCAGAGCCCCCUGUCCUUUCAUGGAUGCCACCGCCCCUUCCGGCCUCCCAGAGGGCCCAAGUUCCUGUGGCUGGUUCAAGGCCUGUGGCUCCUGGGGAGGGCUGGACCUCAGGAAGAAAGGACUCAGGCCCCUGCAGCCCUCCAGGUACUCCAGCUCUAAAGGGUGUGGGCAGGGUCCUGGUGAGUGCUCCGGAAAGCCUGACCCAGAAGGCUAGGGACAGCUGCCUGGACCCCAAAGAUGCCCCUCACCCAGGAGGCCUCCUGACACUAGCCUAAGUCCCAACAGUGGGGCCUGUCCUCUGAGUGUGGGGAGCCCCAGGUCUCACAGGGUCUGUGCUUCUGAAGCAAUGGAGGGGGCAGCCUGUGGUCUCCCACCCCCCCGGCGGUGCACACCAGGACCUUUUGCACAGAAUGGUGGGUCAAGAAGGGUGGUGCAUGCCCAGGAUUACACAGCAUGGCACAGAGCAUGAACUAGAGCUGUUGCCUUCUUUUUCUUUCUUUCUUUUUUUUUUGGGUAGGUGGGGGUUUUUCUCUUUUUUUUUUUUGAGAUUUAAGUUUUUACUUCUGGGGGUGAGAAUAACCCUCAAAUAAGACAAUAAUAGAUUGCAGGUACUUUGGAACCACUGACACCUCUCUUCAGGGGACAGAUAAGCCAGUCCAAGUUCUCUUUCAAAGAAAAGGGGACUCGCAGCUGGUGGGCUUGAGUGCCAGGGCCCCUCACCUUGCAGACGAAUCUGGCCCAGUCUGGGGAGAGUUUACCCAGGAGUCUGGUGGAGCUGGGUCUUGAACCCAGGUCUGCACCUAAAAAAUAAAGGAAAUGAAUCAUUUCCAAAGGGGCUGGGGUACCGACCCCUCACAGGCUGCCUGUGGCAAAGGAGCAGAGGUGCCCCAGCAGCCCCACUCACCCUGCACCUCUGCGAUUUGGUCUUCCAAUGCCCAAGGCAGGACGUGGCAGCAGCUGCUGCCCUCCCCCUCCAGCUGGCCCCUCCCCACCAUGGCUGCUCUGAGGGGCUCUGCUUACGAAGGCUGUCAGACCACCCAGCCGUAUUGCUCCUCAACACCAGGUGUAGCCUGGGCCAGGAGGGAGGCGCUGUUAGCUGGGCAGCUAUUCUGGGUGUGAGACUAGCGUUGCCUUCAGACUGGUCUCGUUUCUAUUGCCUUAAUGCUGGGUGGUCCAAGAUCCGGGGAGCUCUGGCUCUAUGCUCAGGAAUACCACAUGUGGCAACUGUGGGGUUUGGGCGUUCUUAGGAGGGGCCCAAGUAAAAUUGUGGUGAGGAUAGAUGUGUCAAGGAAAACAACGAGAGGAAGUGAAGCUUUCAAGGAUGGCUGAAUGUGAGUGAGGUACGUGCCCACGCUGGGAGGCGGCCAUGGAGAGCAGCCUCCACGGACAGUGGUCAUGACACCUCAGCCCGUCAUGUGACAUUUAGAAACGCUCUGUCCCUGCGCUUCUCAGGGCAAGUCACAAGUUAGGGUUCAACUAUGUGGAAGAUUAACAAGAAAGCUGCCUGCCCCUAAGAUGGUGCCACCUUCCUGGGGAGGGUUAUGGAGGCAGGACACAAACCACACUAUAUUGUGUAAUGAAAAAAUCAUGAAAGUGGGGCCAGAGAAAAAGCUCCAUCAGGAACUUCUGCCUACAGCGCGUGGCACCCACAACCCCCUGUCCACAUGCUGGGGGUCCAGCACAGCCCCCAAAGCACAGCGGACAUUUGGCUUUGUUCACUCUGGCCACAUGGGGACAAAAGGGAUCUUUUGCAUUGCAGAGAUUUUAUACAUAAAUAUAUUUUGUUUGUAACAAGCCAUUCUCAAUAAACGUUAUUCUCACUGCA